AUGGAAAAAAUCGUAACCCCGAGACUUGAUCUUCCUCUGUUUCACCUCCCGAAUUCCCGGAAACCCACUUCGAUUUCGUCUCCGAUUCUCCGAUUAUCGAGCUUGAAUCGCUAUGGGCUUCACAAGCAACGGUCUCGUCUUGCAUCGUCUUCGCGUCCAGGGCCCCAAACAAAGAUCGAUACUGAUUCAGAGAGCCAUGGUGUGAUAAUGGACAAUACCGUUGGAAGAAGAUUGCUCGGUUUAGCCGCCGCCGCUGCAGUAGCGGUUUCUUCGUCGAUCUCCUGCGAUGCUCCGGCACUCGCUGAGUCUCUGACUAUCGCUUUCCCCAUUUCACGCGCUCGUGAGGUGACUACAGUACAGAGAACUCUUGUUGAAGCAUGGGGUUUGAUUAGAGAGACAUUCGUCGAUCCCACUUUUAAUCAUCAGGAUUGGGAUUCUAGGUUGCAGCAGACGAUGGUGGAGAUGUUUCCUCUUAGAUCAGCAGAUGCUGCUUACGGAAAGAUCAAAGCGAUGCUCUCUACGCUUGGUGAUCCCUUUACUCGAAUCAUUAGCCCAAAGGAGUACCAAAGUUUCAGAAUCGGUAGCGACGGAAAUCUUCAAGGCGUUGGCCUUUUCAUAAACUCAGAACCAAGAACAGGUCACCUGGUUGUUAUGUCUUGCAUAGAAGGCAGCCCGGCAGAUCGUGCUGGUAUUCAUGAAGGCGAGGAACUAGUUGAGAUAAAUGGCGAGAAGCUGGAUGGUAUUGAUAGUGAAGCAGCAGCGCAGAAGCUGAGAGGCCGAGUUGGAACAUUCGUUACAGUUAAACUCAAGAGUGUGAAUGGAUCAGGGACGGGUUCCUAUAUAAGAGAGGUCAAGUUACCUCGAGAUUACAUUAAGCUCUCUCCGAUAACAAGUACUAUAAUCCCACAUACAACACCCGAUGGACGUUUAGCAAAGACCGGUUAUGUCAAACUCACAGCGUUUUCUCAGACUGCAGCGUCUGAUAUGGAAAAUGCGGUCCACGAGAUGGAGAAUCAGAAUGUUCAGUCAUACAUUCUAGACCUAAGGAACAAUCCGGGAGGUUUGGUUAAAGCAGGACUCGAUGUUGCACAAUUAUGGCUUGACGGAGAUGAGACUCUUGUGUAUACAAUCGACCGUGAAGGAGUUGCAUCACCAAUAAAUAUGAUCGACGGGCACGCCGUGACACAUGAUCCACUCGUCGUGCUUGUGAAUGAAGGAAGUGCAAGUGCAAGUGAGAUUUUGGCAGGUGCUUUACACGAUAAUGGUCGAGCUAUACUUGUCGGUCGUCGCACAUUUGGGAAAGGGAAAAUACAGAGCGUAACGGAGCUAGACGACGGGUCGGCUUUGUUUGUGACGGUAGCUAAGUAUUUGUCGCCGUCUCUGCACGAAAUUGAUCAAGUAGGGAUAUCACCUGAUGUACAAUGUACCACGGAUAUGAUCGAUUCUUUGACCGGUGAGAUACUAAAGAAGAUGAACAGUUCAGCUCCAUUGCUUGAAGCGGACUCGUGUGUUAUGGUCGCUGAGCACGAACUUGAGACUCGACGAUCCAAUGGAACAGCAUCUUGA